UUGGCCUUUCAAAACACCACUCGCCAUGAGCAAACACUGAAAAGAAAAAACGAUCAUGUCGGCCUCAGACUCAUUACCGGUUUACGAUGGGCCAAAAUGCCGCAUUUGUUGCGAUUUAAUGCCCAACAGACAGAUUCCCCUGCCCAACGGCAAAUGGGUCGAUGUCCAGAAACAGGGGAAAAUAACGCUUUCCCUGGCUGUCUGGUUAAGUGAUGUUUACGAAUCGGCCAAGACGUGCGUCAAUUGUAAGGUCAUGAUUGAAGCAUUGGAAUGUUUUGAAGGAAAGGACCCAAGGUUGGAGGAUGAUAUGUUUACUGUUGAUGGCCGGGUUGGGACGUCGCUCAAGCUCGAGUACAAUCUCGCUGAUGACGAAUAUUUGAGGUUUAUUGAAGUAUUCUCUGAUACUGAAUCGGAGAGUUGUCUGGGUAGGGCGACGUUUAUAGAGGCUGAUAUUAACCCGAGGAAGGCGGCGGAGAUUGCGAAAAGACGAUUGAGGGAGUGUGUUGAUUCUCAUGAUGAGUGUAGGAUGGGGAGGAGGGGAUUCAUUCCUACGAGGGUUGUGGAUGUUGGUACUGGGGAUGGUCUGCCGCGGUUAGUUGAGACCACGGAGGAUAUGAAAGACACUGACUACGUUGCUUUGAGUUAUUGUUGGGGGUUGGCCCAGUCCCUUACAACGACCAAAGCGACAUUGCCAAACAGGCUUGAGGGUAUUCCGUGGGAAGAUAUACCCAAGACCCUGCACGAGGCGAUCGAAUUUGUACAACACCUGGGCCUAUCGUAUAUAUGGAUUGAUGCCCUCUGCAUCAUCCAGGACGAUGGUUUAGAUUGGGAGAAGGAGGCAGCUCAGAUGAAAAACGUCUACGAGAACGCCUUGUUCACGCUCUCUGCCACGUCUGCCCCCGAUGUUGCUACCGGUUGCUUCCUAGCCCGAAAUAAUCCCGUUCACGAACUGCACUCGGCGAAGCCGCAGCAUACCUACUACGCUCGUCGUCCCUGUUUUGAUACCCACAGCAAGCUUUUCUCCUACUCCGUCGACACCGAGAUUGAAAUGGACAACUAUCCCGCUAUGACACGGGGUUGGAUCUAUCAAGAGCGUCUUCUCUCGCAACGAAUCCUCUAUUGCGCCUAUGAUGAGUUGAUCUGGGAGUGCCGGAAUACGAUCACAUGCGAGUGUAACCCGACAAGCCUUCAUCGUCACCACGGAGGCAACGCCAUCGUUAGCUACAAGCGUCAAAUGGGACACCUCUCCGAUCCUACACAGUUCAACAAAAACAACUCCUCUUGUUUCCCUAUCAUCGAUCUGUGGCUCAGCCUCGUGCAGAGCUACUCCCAGAGAGUCUUCACAAAAUAUACCGACCGUCUCAUUGCUCUUUCUGGUAUCGCUCAGAAAUUCCAGCCUCUCAACAUAGGGAAUUACUACGCGGGCAUCUGGUCUUCGGAAAUCCACCACCAACUAGCCUGGACUCGCGAUGCCAACCCCAAGGCAUUACGCGUCAAGGAAGCGGCCCGAAUCCCUGGUUCUCCUUCCUGGUCCUGGUGUUCCAUCAACCAACCCUGCGUAUUCGACGACGUCAUGAACCCUCCCCGCAUCAGCACCCGUCUCACAGCCCUAAACUACAAAGCCGAGCUCUCCAGCCCCGAUCCCACCGGCCCAGUCUCAUAUGCCCGGCUGACCCUCUCCGGCCCCUGCGUCGAAGCAAAAAUCGUCCUCGGCCCUCCCGUAGAACAGAACCCCAGCAGCCCCCUCAAAGCAUACAUCUCCCUCUGCAACAAACAAUAUCUCAUAACGCCCGACAUCCCCCAAUGGCACAACGCCCCUCAGUCAGCCGACUCCUUAGCUGCCUCAGACGAAGUCUCCUGCCUAGAAAUCUACAUCACCAAAAAGGGGUUCAAGGACAACGUAAACGUCAACCCUGACUCUCCAUGGGACGACCCAGAGCACCCGGAUCAAUACUACAAUUACCGAUUCCCAUGGCUGGUUCUCAAAUGGUCACCCCUCCAUGAUGCGUACCGCCGUGUGGGGAUCGUCAACUUUGCAAAUCGACCUUCGUUUGACCAGGAGGAGCAGGCGCCCGGGGAGAUGAUGAGGCAUGCGGCGAUGAGGGUCGUGGAUAUUGUUUAAGAAACGUAAUAGCAGCACAGGUAUGUCAAGAUGACGACUUUUUCCUGGUCCCUAGUU